ACAGCCUUCUUCUGCUUAGGAACACCAGACAGCACUCCAGCACUCUGCUUGGGGGGCAUUCGAAACAGCAAAAUCACUCGUAAAAGGCAAAAAAUUGCAAAAAAAAAAAAAAAUAGUAAUAACCAGCAUGGCACUAAAUAGACCACGAAAAGACAUGUGUGUGCAGUAUGAAAAUUGAGACAGGAAGGCAGAGCGUCAGCUUUUUCCACCUCAGCUGGGAAUGUGCAUCAGGCAACUCAAGUUUUUCACCACGGCAUGUGUCUGUGAAUGUCCACAAAACAUUCUCUCUCCCCAGCCUUCGUGUGUUAAGCUGGGGAUGAUGUGGACCUGGGCACUGUGGAUGUUCCCUUCACUCUGCAAAUUCAGUCUGGCAGCUCUGCCAGCUAAGCCUGAGAACAUUUCCUGUGUCUACUACUAUAGGAAAAAUUUAACCUGCACUUGGAGUCCACGAAAGGAAACCAGUUAUACCCAGUACACAGCUAAGAGAACUUACGCUUUUGGAGAAAAACAUGAUAAUUGUACAGCCAAUAGUUCUACAAGUGAAAAUCGUGCUUCGUGCUCUUUUUUCCUUCCAAGAAUAACGAUCCCAGAUAAUUAUACCAUUGAGGUGGAAGCUGAAAAUGGAGAUGGUGUAAUUAAAUCUGAUAUGACAUAUUGGAGAUUAGAGAACAUAGCGAAAACUGAACCACCUAAGAUUUUCAGUGUGAAACCAGUUUUGGGCAUCAAACGAAUGAUUCAAAUUGAAUGGACAAAGCCUGAGUUGGCACCUGUUUCAUCUGAUUUAAAAUACACACUUCGAUUCAGGACAGUCAAUAGUACCAGCUGGAUGGAAGUCAACUUCGCUAAGAACCGUAAAGAUAAAAACCAAACCUACAACCUCACGGGGCUGCAGCCUUUUACAGAAUAUGUCAUAGCUCUGCGAUGUGCGGUCAAGGAGUCAAAGUUCUGGAGUGACUGGAGCCAAGAAAAAAUGGGAAUGACUGAGGAAGAAGCUCCAUGUGGCCUGGAACUGUGGAGAGUCCUGAAACCAGCUGAGGCGGAUGGAAGAAGGCUGGUGCGGUUGUUAUGGAAGAAGGCAAGAGGAACCCCAGUCCUAGAGAAAACACUUGGCUACAACAUGUGGUACUAUCCAGAAAACAACACUAACCUCACAGAAACAAUGAACACCACUAACCAGCAGCUUGAACUGCAUCUGGGAGGCGAGAGCUAUUGGGUGUCUGUGAUUUCUUAUAAUUCUCUUGGGAAGUCUCCAGUGGCCACCCUGAGGAUUCCAGCUAUUCAGGAAAAAUCAUUUCAGUGCAUUGAGGUCAUGCAGGCCUGCCUUGCUGAGGACCAGCUAGUGGUGAAGUGGCAAAGCUCUGCUCUAGACGUGAACACUUGGAUGAUUGAAUGGUUUCCGGAUGUGGACUCAGAGCCCACCACCCUUUCCUGGGAAUCUGUGUCUCAGGCCACGAACUGGACGAUCCAGCAAGAUAAAUUAAAACCUUUCUGGUGCUAUAACAUCUCUGUGUAUCCAAUGUUGCACGACAAAGUUGGCGAGCCAUAUUCCAUCCAGGCUUAUGCCAAAGAAGGCGUUCCAUCAGAAGGUCCUGAGACCAAGGUGGAGAACAUUGGCGUGAAGACAGUCACGAUCGCAUGGAAAGAGAUUUCCAAGAGUGAGAGAAAGGGUAUCAUCUGCAACUACACCAUCUUUUACCAAGCUGAAGGUGGAAAAGGAUUCUCCAAGACAGUCAAUUCCAGCGUCUUGCAGUACGGCCUGGAGUCCCUGAAACGAAAGACCUCUUACACUGUUCAGGUCAUGGCCAGCACCAGUGCUGGGGGAAUCAACGGGACCAGUAUAAAUUUCAAGACAUUGUCAUUCAGUGUCUUUGAGAUUACCCUUAUAACUUCUCUGAUUGGUGGAGGCCUUCUUAUUCUCAUUAUCCUGACAGUGGCAUAUGGUCUCAAAAAACCCAACAAAUUGACUCACCUGUGUUGGCCCAGUGUUCCCAACCCUGCUGAAAGUAGUAUAGCCACAUGGCGUGGAGAUGAUUUCAAGGAUAAGCUAAACCUGAAGGAGUCUGAUGACUCUGUGAACACAGAAGACAGGAUCUUAAAACCAUGUUCCACCCCCAGUGACAAGUUGGUGAUUGACAAGUUGGUGGUGAACUUUGGGAAUGUUCUGCAAGAAAUUUUCACAGAUGAAGCCAGAACGGGUCAGGAAAACAAUUUAGGAGGGGAAAAGAAUGAGAGUAGAAUUCUCUCUUCUUGCCCAACUUCAACAUAAGCGUGGACUAAAAUUCGAGAAAUUAGAAAGGACAUGCAGCGUUUUCCAACUAGGAAGACUGAAUCUGUGGCCCCAAGAGAACCAUCUCUGAAGACUGGGUAUGUGGUCUUUUCCACACAUGGACCACCUACAGAUGCAAUCUGUGAUGCAUGUGCAUGAGAAGUCUGUUAUUAAGUAGAGUAUGAAAACAUGGUUAUGGUAAUAGGAACAGCUUUUAAAAUGCUUUUGUAUUUGGGCCUUUCAUACAAAAAAGCUGUAAUACCAUUUUCAUGUAAUGCUAUACUUCUAUACUAUUUUCAUGUAAUACUAUACUUCUAUAUUAAAGUUUUACCUACU